UUUUUAUUACUAUUCAGUGAGGCAACAUUUUAUCGGCCAAAAGAUUAUAAACCUACUUGUAUGUGGUGGACUACAUUUCCCAUGAUUCAGUGCGUGCGGACAAGGCGGAUUCGCAACAUGUCUUGAAACUUUUUUUUUUUUUUUUUUUUAAACUGUGACUUCGAGUUGCGUGGCAGAGCAACUUGAUCCUGGUUCGCUUCUCCAUGGUCCGACAACUGGACUGGAGAGCAACAAAGAGGACUACCGUGAGAGCAAGUCCAUGAUCUAUUGAGUGUCAAGUAAAGGAUUUGUCCACUGAACAGCGCCAGUCAUGUACCAAGUUGUACCCGGGGGAGCCGGUGGCACAGUAACAGAUGCUAUCCCCAAGCAGAAACACAGCAAGGACACCAGGCCCUUAGUUGGAGCAGGAGUUCUUGGCCUGGUGUUGGUGAUUGCAGCAGUGUCUGCAUGGUCUUAUUAUAUUGCUUCGCUCCGAAAAGCUGAGCUACUCAAGACUCAGCUGCUGGAUUUGAAUAAAGAUGGCUACAUUAUCCGCAAUCAGGGAGGAGCUAUUGUUUUCAGAAUGGAUUUCAGGUCAGGGACAUUGGAUUUGGACUCUUGCACCAAAGAAGGAGAGCUUCUUAGCUGUGGACGCACUACUGAUAGAAGCCUCAACUUCUUCAUUGAGACGGUUCGGCCCAAAGACACAGUGCAGUGCUACCGUGUACGUUGGGAGGAGCUGGUUCCUGACAUUUCUGUCGCACAUGCGAUGACGUAUAGGUUUGCCCACUGGUAUGGUGGUGCUGUGUCAGCUAUUCAACAUUGGCCCAUUUCCAUCUCUGGACAACAGUCUCCCAAACCCUUUGUGACUAGUGACAUCUACUCCAAUCGCAAUGAGUUUGGAGGAAUCUUGGAGAGCUAUUGGCUUUCAUCGAAUGCUACGGCCAUCAAAAUUAAUAAUUCAGUGCCAUUCCACCUGGGCUGGAAUGACACAGAGAAAACAAUGUACUUCCAAGCAAGAUACAAUGACAGUCCCUUCAAGCCGAAUCCUGGGGAGGCUCCAUGUGCUGAACUGAGCUACAGAGUAUGUGUUGGUUUGGAUGUGACAUCCAUUCACAAGUACAUGGUUCGUCGAUACUUCAACAAACCAAAUAAAGUGCCUGCCAAAGCCAUGUUUCAGCACCCUAUCUGGUCCACUUGGGCACUUCAUAAGACGGACAUUGAUCAGGAAAAGCUUUUGACGUAUGCUGCCAACAUCCGCAAAUAUAACUUUAACUGCAGCCACCUGGAAUUAGAUGACCGCUACACACCCCGUUAUGGAGAAUUUGAAUUUGACCCAAUAAAGUUCCCCAAUGCCUCAUCCAUGUUUCAAAAGCUUAAAUCAUCUGGAUUUCUUGUGUCUCUCUGGAUUCACCCUUUUGUAAACUACAACUCAGAGAACUUCCAUACUUGUGUGGAUAGAGGCCUGUUUGUCCGGGAGCCUACUGGUCAGCUGCCAGCUUUAGUCCGGUGGUGGAAUGGAAUCGGUGGAAUUGUGGACUUCACAAACCCAGAAGCUCGUGAUUGGUUUGCCUCCCAGCUGCGUUCCCUUCGCUCUAAAUACGGGGUGUCUUCCUUCAAGUUUGACGCAGGAGAGACCAACUACUUGCCGUGGAAGUUCAGCACCAAAAUUCCCAUUCGGGAUCCAAGUUUUUUUACAAGACGUUACACAGAGUUGGCCAUUCCCUACAAUGACCGAGCAGAGCUACGAAGCGGCUACCAGUCUCAGAACAUAUCGUGUUUCUUUAGGCCUAUUGAUAGAGAUUCUGUGUGGGGCUACGAGUUGGGACUCAAAUCUCUUAUUCCCACUGUGCUCACCAUCAGCAUUCUGGGUUAUCAGUUCAUUCUACCCGACAUGAUAGGAGGAAAUGCCUAUCUGAACCGCACCGAUGGAAAUCGGGCAUUACCUGACCGAGAACUCUACAUUCGUUGGCUGGAGCUGUCAGCGUUCAUGCCCUCCAUGCAGUUUUCUAUCCCACCAUGGGCCUAUGACAAUGAGGUUGUCGAAAUUGCACGCAAAUACACUGCACUCCAUCAGAGUAUUGUUGCACCGCGGGUCUUGGAGCUGGCCGGUGAAGUGUUGGACACUGGAGACCCAAUUAUACGACCGUUGUGGUGGAUUGCUACAGGUGAUGAAACCGCCUAUAAAAUAGACUCCCAAUUUCUGAUUGGAGAUGAUCUCAUGGUAGCACCUGUUUUAGAACCCGGAAAGCAAGAGCGUGAUAUUUACCUCCCUGCCGGUCGCUGGAAAAGCUAUAAAGGGGAGAGGUUUGAUAUCAAAGAGCCGCUUCACCUCACAGAUUAUCCUGUAGAUUUGGAUGAAAUUGCUUACUUUGUAUGGGUGUAGAAAGAAUGCAUUGCCAAGUUAAAGAACUUGGUAAGAAAAUUCUGGUUUUUUUUUGUUUUUGAGCUUGUCAUGAAAUAGGUCAUUUCAAAUAAAAAUAGUCUCUCCUGUAGACUUUAAAUAUCACCCAAAAGCCUUAAAAAGUUACAAGAGUUCACAUUUUUCCUGCAAUAUGAGUGAAAGAAAACAAGGUAAUUAUAAUUUUAUGUAUAGUCAGAAUGUGCCAAUAUGUCUUCAAAUGAAAUGUUUUUACUGUGAAUCAAGGCAUAACUCUGCAGUGAUAUGCAGAAUAUGAGAAGAAUGGUAUACAUUAUAUUUAUAUAUAAUAUUUGUCUGCAUGAGAUGAGAUUACUGUAUGUUUUUUUGUUCUUAGUCUAUUGCCAGAUAUAAAAUUUUACUCAAAAUUAUUAAACCCCCUCUGCAUAUUUUAUGUAUUUGUAGAGUUUACAAACAUAUAGUUUUUUUUAAAAAAAAAAAAAACAAUUUCAGUAAACAAAUAAUACAUCUAAUACUGAUCACUUGAAAGAUUAUAUAUUUUUAAAAUGUAGUCUACAAUUGGGGUUGAAUAAUUUUGACUGCAAAUGUAAUGACACAUUUUUGCUUUAAGCUAUUUGUAAAGGAUUGAGCUUCAUAAUAUUUUGUAUUGUUCAACAUAGUUAUAGCACAGACAGUGACUAUGAAAACCUCAAAAAUGUUCGUUGUUGGGUAGUAAAUAUUUGAUACCCUUUCUCAGGUACAGUAACGCCUUCAAUCCGGCUCAGUUUAAAGUGACUGGUAACAAUUUUACUUGUCUUCUGUGACGCAAAGGCUGCACAAUUAUGGUCAAAAUUAAUAUUCCUGAUUAUUUUUUUCAUCAGUAUUUCACGAUUGUUCCUCAUGUUAGGGAAAAAUCACUACCUGUUAGGGAAAAAUCACUACCUUUUCACAAAUAAUAUGUAAUACUUUUCAGUUGAAAAUGAAUUAAAUAAAAAUAAAAGGUACUUGAAAAAAAAAUUUACCCCCCACCCUGCCAAAAAAAUUCAACUUUACCAAGGACUAACAAAACAAAUGAGCUACUACAAAGUGCGCUCAUGCUUUGGAACUUAAUGGAAACAAAUACAAUUAAUGCAUGAAAGGCAAUAACAUUAAGCUUUGAGCAACAACUUUGCAAAUAUCAAACAAAUUUAAGAUUUAUGCAGCCUACAGUGGUGACAAAAAGUAUUGGCCCCCUCAAAUACAAACGUUUUUAGAUAGUUUCUCCACUAAUAUGAUAUAAACAAACAGAUAAAUACUAGACAAAUAUUGCCUAAACAAACUUAACAUUGAAAUUGAAAUGGUGAUUUAAUUUACUCAUUUACAGGAAAAAAUCUCUUCGGUUACCUGGCCCUGUGUUAAAAAUUAAUGGCCCCCUAAGUCGGGCAGCAUGGUGGCUCAGCUGGUAAAGCAUUGGCCUCAUAGUUCUGAGGACCCGGGUUCAAUCCCGGCCCAGCCUCUGUGGAGUUUGGGUGUUCUCCCUGUGUCUGCGUGGGUUGCAGUUUCCUCCCACAUUCCAGAAACAUGGAACAUUAAUUGGCCCCUAGUUGUGAUUGUGAUUGUGGCUGUUUGUCUCCAUGUGCCCUGCGAUUGGCUGGCGACCAGUUCAGGGUGUAAUCUGCCUGUUGACAGCUGGGAUAGGCUCCAGCAAUACCCGCAACCCUCGUGAGGAUAAGCGUCAAAGAAAAUGGAUGGAUAGAUGCACAUGAGUCUUCCGUGAAGAUAGUUUGACCUGCUCUUCCUUGCAGAAUUCUUUCAAUUCAGUGAAUUUUGAGCAUGUAUGGUCUUUUUAAGGUCAUGCCACUGCGUUUAAAUCAGAUUCAAGGCUGGACUUUGAAAAGGCCACUACAAUACCUUAAUUUUAUUUAUUUUUUUAAGCCAUUCAGAAGUUGACUUGCUGGUGUGUUUUGAUGAUUAUCUUGCUGCAGAACUCAAACACGCUUCAGCUUGAGGUCAGAUACUCAUGGCUGAACAUUCUACUUUGGGAUUUUCUGUUAACUAAAAUUCAUGGUUUCAUAAAUAAUAGCAAAUUGUCUAGGUUCUGAAGGAGCAAAGCAUCCCAAGGCGCAUAAUCAUAUUUGACUGUUGGUAUGGUUUUUUUUUUUUCUUCCAAAAAUGCUGUGCUGGAUUUUGCCUAGAUAUAACGAGACCCACACCUUCCAGGAAACUCAACUUUCAUCUCGCCACUCAGUCUCCAUAAUAUUCUCUAAAAAGACAUUGGAAUCAUUAACAUGUUUGUUUUUUUAUUUAUUAAACUAAGAUGAGCCUUUAUGUUCUUUUUGGUCAGCAGUGGUUUUUGCCUCGGAACUCUCUCUGAAUGCCAUUUUUGUCCUGUUUCUUGCUUAUUGUUGUGGCAUGACCACUGACCUUAACUGAGGCAAAAGAAGGCUGCGUUUCUUUAGAAGCUGUCCUGUCUUCCUUUGGGGCCUCCUGGAUGAUUCAUUGGUGUUCUCUUGGGGUAAUUUUUGGAGGGCAGCCACUCCUAAGAAGGUUCAACACUCAUCUGGGUUCUUUCCAUCUAAGGAUUAUGGUGCUCCCUAUGGUUCACUGGAAUCCUACAGCAUUAGAAAUGGCUUUUGUAACUCUUACCAAACUGACAGAUCUCAAUAACCGUAAUUCCGGACUACAGAGAGCACCGGGCUACCCCGCCCAUACAUCAACCGCACCGGACUAUACGCUGUGAUAUAUACGUAUGUUGUGAAACAGAAACACGUUAUGUUUAUUUACAUACCUUGUUUCCAAACAGUGAAUGUAACACAGCAGUAAGAUGUCUUGAAUAUAACAAGUCCAUUGUUUUUCUUCAUCCUCCUCCUGUUCGCCAAACCCACUAUAGUUGUCGUCUUCAGGUAUCUGAGUUGAAGAGCCUCAGAAAAUCUCCAUCACAAACUCCUUCACUCUCAGUCAUUUUCAUCUUGAGUUACUGCUGAAGUUGUGGUCUUCUCUUUACAUAGCAGUCCCGCCUUUCAAAAUCUGUUGGUGAUGGUUGAUUCUUUUACACUGCUCCACGCUUUUAAGCACCACUGACAGACCUCAUGCCCAACCAAACCUGAGUGCAUUAUAUGGAACUCCCAAGUUUUAAGCAUUACAUUUGAGCAAUAUUUGAUUGUACAUUUAAACUGAUAGCUGCAAGGGUAAAAAAAAAAAGAAAAAGAAUAUUUCAGCCGCAUUAUUACAGAGCGUAGGAAAACAAUAGAAAAAAGAUUGUGAUUGCCACAAUUAUUUUAUCCAUCCACCAAUUUUUUGACCUGCUUAUCCUCACAAGGGUUGCGGGAGUACUGAAGCCUAUCCCAGCUAUCAUCAGGCAGGAGGCAAUGUACACCCUGAACUGGUUGCCAGUCAAUCACAGGGCACAUGGAAAAAUACAGCCGCAUUCCCAAUCAUACCUAGGGCCGAUUUAGAGUGUCCAAUUAAUGUUGCAUGAUUUUGUGAUGUGGGAGCAAACCGAAGUGGUCGGCGGAAACCCACACAGGCACGGGGAGAACACGCAAACUCCACUCAGGCAGGGCCUCGAUUCGAACCCCAGUCCUCAGAACUGUGAGGCCAGCACUCAAACCAGUUUUCCCACCGUGCCACCCAAUUAAUUCAUGAUUUUGUAACUAGUUUUUCACAUGGGCCGAGGUGACUUUAAAGUUUUUUUUUUCCCCUAAUAAAUGAAAUUACAAUUUAAAAACACUUUUUAACUUCACUUGUGUUAAAUAUGUCUGAGAUUCAGAUUUUUCUGAUGAUCAAUAAAGUUGGGAAACGAUGCAAAUAUAUCAGCAUUUGAGAGGGGGGCCAAUACUUUUUCAAGGCACCGCAUUUAUUAUCAGGAUGUAAUGGAGCACGGUUUUAUUUCUCUCAGUGAAUUAUGCACGGUAGAUAUUUAACUAUACUGUGGUUUAUUUAAGGGUGUUUUUUUUCUUAUCUUGCAAAAAGCCUGUUUUCCCCGACCAAGAUUGUGAUAUAUAUUUUUUUAGAAACAAUAGUAAAUUGCUGUGUUGCUGGCUUGGGAAAAUUAUGUUACGUGUGUAUUUAGAUGAUUUAAAAAAAAAAAAACGUUUUUUUUCCAGCUGUGAUAAUCUGUGAAGUGGCAUAUACUAAUUUGUAUUGCUUUUCAUGAGUUGUUUUGCUCCAAGUUUUAUUAUUUUGGCUUAUUUCUUCAUGCAAAACAGUCAAUACGACCUUAACUGCCACAGAAACGCUUCAGACCUAAUAUAUUCCUGAUUUUCCAAAGCUUCUUAGUGUGUAAAUCUUGAUCCCUUUAAAACUUUUAUUUUAUUAUAGACUUUAUGAAUAUUUAUGAUGGGUACUGCAUGCAAUGCUGUCAAGUUCGAUUUUGAUGUAUUUUACUUGAGAGGAAUUGUUUUUCCCUGAAGAGUUUCUAAGUCGGAUCAGGCUACCUCCACAAAUGGUUGCAUUUCCCCGUUUUCUUUUGAUACUGUCUGCCUUCUACUAAUCCAGACUGGACUUUGACAUGUGGUUUACACAUUAACCUCUCUGGUAUCUGUGUCUACUGCUGACAUAGUUCAAUCCUAGCAGUAGUGCCUAUAUAUAGCAGUUCUCACUCAGUUGCUAUUUCUGUCACAGACACUCUUGACUUUUGGCAAGAACUAUCUGGGACUGAACUUUGCUUUGCGUGUUGUUUUUUUAAACAUGUGAUACACUUAAAGUAUUUGUUAACUAUAAGGGCAACUGAGUAAGAAUGUGGUAUUUGUUGUUAUUGUUAUUUCGUUUGAAAUUAAAGAAGACUGUUUUUAA